UAUUGUACUUGCUAUACAAUAAUGCAAAUUACUGGUAGGGCUUAGGACGACUCCCGGCUUGUCGCGCAGAGGCCGAGGAGUUUUUCUAUUUGGCCGAACAUGCUACACGCAUUCGCGUAUACGUCUGGGCUAUAUAUUCGACAAAGCGAGCACUAAUAAGCGCCGUAUUCCAAGCGCCCGAGUGGUUGGCAUAGCCCCCGUGUGUACACCGCACAUAUCAUCGCGUGUUUCCUGCCUUGACCACAGCCUCCCGCAUGCAGGCGAUAUCUGACAGCUCGGACGCCGGCGCGUCGCUCUCGUACUUCAUGACUCCACAGCUCGCUCUCUUCCUCCCGUAUUCUGCCAUCUCCAGUCUGCAAGACUUGCCCUCCUCCACUCGAACGAAUCCAUCGCUCAGCCCCUACCAAAGCAUCCGAUUAUUUGUUAGACGUUGCAGAUGGCUCCGUCACCACCACCACCUUGGACCCGGCAGGGAAACAAGGCUGCCUCUGGUACGACGCUUCGGGCAAAAUUAUCGUCGUUCGCGAACGUCCUGCGUCGUCGUCGCGCUCCUAGAAAGCUUACAUACUCUCCUGCGUGGAACUUGUCCUCGGAGUCGGAUGAAGCAAGACUAGCUAAAUUGCGACGAGUAGGCUCAUACUCUCCAACAGCUACACUGGCUACUAUAGGGGACAGGCUCACCUUCGACACCGAUUCGGAAGCUUAUUCCGCUGUCCCUUCGUUUUACGAUUCGGAUGAUAGCGGGAACCGAGGAAACCGAAAUCCUCGCUACGUGUACCACACACCGCCUCGAACCCCACUGUCCCCGCGCUCUAUCCAAUACGAAGACGAAGACCCAUACGCACCGCAAGAAUCUGUUGAGGGGCUUAAUGGGCCGGAGCCACUGUUAAACUUCAACGCGGGUACUUUCAGGACGUUCGCUUCGUCGUCUUCGACUUUACUACUUGAAACAGAGAAACAGCGCGAAGAACGUGUCUCGCCCGGCCCCAGUCCUGGUACAGAAAGACUCAUCCACACAUCGCAUUUCCCGCUUCAUCUCCUCAGCGCGAGCGAAGAUGAACCAGUCCUGGAUUGGUACGGUGCCCUCGUCACUAUCGCCACGCUCGGCCUCGGGACGUGGAAACUGGCGGCUACGUGUGCAAACAAAGACGCGACGGGCGUUGCGGUCGUCGACUGGGCGAUGUCUGUCAUUCUAGGGCUCAUGUAGGCAUAAA